UUCCCGCUCGCGGUGCAGCCGCAGCAACACCGCCCGGCGACGCUGCAGCGCAGGAGGGAUCGGGACGCCAGCUGCCAGCUCCUGCCCCCAGUCCGCGGCGCCAGCAUCGCUGUGCUCUCCUGCGUCCUCCCGCGUUGGCGCUGCCCACCACGGCUGCCCUCCCGGAGCUACGGUGGGUCGUGGGUCUAGGCAGGGGAUGCUCCCGGCAACGGGCAACUCGGGCCAGCCACAAACGUCCCCGCGGAGAACUCCCGCCCGCUUUUUCUGCCACUGCUCCUCCCCAACGCCCCGAGACUGCGCCCCCAACGGUGGCACGUUAGCUAGCGGAGGCAGAAGGCCACCAGCUCGAGACGCCUGGGCCAUGAGACGCCGUGUCCGGAACGAACCGAACGAUUCCCACCUUCCCUCAUUACCCAACGCCCGCGGCAGCCGCGGCUCCGCCCGGUCCCCAGAGCCGUCAUCCCUGGCCCGGCAGCCGCCGGGACCGUAAUGGACUCUCUCGCGCUCCGUAAUCGGAGGCUUCUGCCCCCAACAAAGAUGGCCGCCCACCCCGUCCUACUCCGCCCUUCGGAGGGUGUCAAAUACCAGACUAUCUUUCACUUUCGGGUCACUGUUGACGGGCGAUGGCGCCGAUUCCGAAGACUGUGGGGCUGACCAAGCUAGACUGUCCUCUGCGGCCUGGCUGUCCGCUAGGGGUCGCUGAUGUCCCCAAACUCUGCAAAGAAUUCGGUCCUGAAGACUACGGCGACGAGGUAAAAAGGAUUCCUAGCUCCCCACCGCCGCCACCACCACCACCCAGCCCUAAUCAUCACGAUCACGCCUCUAUUCUACCUUCCGAGCUGAGCCCCACCCCGGCGCCCCGAAGGGCUACUAGCCCCGGGACUUUGGAGAGGCGUAACGGUGGGAACAAGGUCAAGCAGCAGUAUGCAAGAGGAGGGGCGGGGAACCAGGGGCGACUCAGCGUUGAUAAAUGCUUAAAAUGGGCAGGGUCGGGCAGAAGAGGGUCUGUAAGUUGAGUGGGAGUGGGUAGUAAUUACUUGGGGAAAGAUAUUAAGAACAGAGGGGGCAGUGUGAGCAAAGAGACUAAGGCAAGGAAAAGGUAAGAGAACUUCACUGAAGUUUGACUUUAGUUAUGGCUUUGGUUGGAACCCUAAGAGAUGAGGUGAGAAAGAAGGCAGCAUUUGGCUUGUCUGGUACUCUGGUUUGGAUGUCCUCAAGCAGGGGCUGGAUUCUUGAGGGAGGGACAGGAUCAGAUUUGGGAGCGCUGAGAAGCUAUACUUCCUUCUGCUUCCUGGUUGUUUCUGAAACCAAACUCAGCAAGCCCAGAAGGUAAUUCAUCAUCUUUGCACAUUAGUUGCUUUCCCUCUCAUCUUAAUCUUGGUUAAUAACACAAACUUCCAUCCAGUUGCUUAAUCCUGAAAUCUGAAAAUCAUUCUUCCAUUACCUUACCAGUGAAGUCAGUCACUAAAAUCUACUUCUGAAAUCUAUUGAAUCAAACCCAUUAUGUUCAUUUCUCCUUCUGCUGCUACUGCCUCAGUUCAGUAACUCACUUUUUCUGGCCUGAACAGUUCUAAACGGCCUGCUAACUAAAUAUUUCAUGCCUAGACUCAUCUCUUUCCCCGGUACUGUUUCAUUGGAGCAUUUUACUCCUUAGAUCAGAUCCACUUCUCUCACUAACAGGGCAAAGUCCAAACUCACUAGAUCACACAGGUACACAUGUUCUUCAAGCACAGCUCCUGGCUGCAUCUCUGAUACAACAGCUUCCUCACCCAUAUCUUUGCCUUUGCUCAUUCAGCAUACAUACACGUGUUGAGCAUCAGCUAUGUGCUGAAAGCUGUUUUAGGCACUGGGAGGAAAACAGUAAGCCAAACAGACAAAAAUCCUUCUAUUCAGAGAAUUAGAAGUGUCUAGUGAGGGUAACUGGUCAACAAAUAAACACCACAGUAUACUGAUAUGAGAAAUGCCAAGCAAAACCAAGCAAGAGGAUAGGAAGCCCUGAGAGGAAUUGAGAGGUUUUUCUUUUCUUUUCUUUUUCUCUUUUUUUUUUUUUUUUUUCUUUUUUUUGGCUGCUCCAUGGCAUACGGAUUUCCUGGGCUAGGGAUCAGAUCUGAGCCACAGUUGCAGCCUAAGCCGCAGCUUCGGCAAGCUGGGUCCUUAACCCACUGUGCUGGGCCUGGGAUCAAACCUGCAUCCCAGUGCUUCCAAGAUGCUGCUGAUUCCAUUGCGUCACGGCAGGAACUCCCAAGAGGUUUUGCUUUUUAAAGGGAGUGGCCAGAGAAGGCCUUCUUCAGAAGGUUUAGGCAGAGAUCUGAAGACGAUGAAGGAAUGAGCCAUUUAGUGGGGAAAGAGCAUUCCAGGCAGAGGAAGUAACAAGUACCAAAACCCUGAAAAGGGCGCACACUUGGUGCACUGCAGGAACUUCAAAGGAGACCACUGCAGCUGGAGGAGAUGAAGGGAUUGGGUGGCCAGAUCAUGUGUGGCCAGGCAGUGAAUUAAGAGAUUAUGUAAUUCAAUAAAAAUUCAAAAGAUGGAACAGAGAGAGAGAAUAGCAUUAGUCUGUGUUUUAGGGAGUGGUCGAAGGUCAAGGCAGUCUUUUUUUUGUUUGGUUUUUAAAGGUGGUUUACACUAACUAAGGACACGAUCCUCAUCAGAACCACAGAAUGUAUGCGCCAAGCUUGAAAGAGUCUCGCCUCAUUUUGUGAAUGAGGAAGCUGAGGCCCAGAGAGGUUAAAUGAUUUAUCCAAAAUCAAAUGGCCGGGCAAUGGCAGAACCAGAACUGAGGUUCAUACAGCUCUGUUCUAGCACGUUGUUCUCUCUGGGUCUAUGCUACCUGGCUAAUUAAGAGAGCAGUAGAAAGCAAUGGAUAAUAAGGUUUGAAAUUGUAUCUCACAGGCUGUGUUCAUGCAGCCUGGUUGAGUGAGGGCAGAGCAAAUUGGGGAUGAAAGGGUCUGGGAAGGCUUUGAGGGGAGAUGGCAUUUGAACUCGAUCUUGAAGGUCAGGCAAGACAGGGUGAGAAAGAAGCUCAGAGCCAGCAGAACGGCUGGGGGAGGACCCCAAGGCUGGAAGGAACCUGGUGGCAGAGAAAGGAUGGCCGCUAAGGAGGACAGGAUUGCAAGGGAAGCCGGGAGAGGUCAGCCAGGGAACUUUUUGGAAGGCUCCGAAUCCCAGGCUAGACUCAGUCCCGCCUGCGGCUCUGGCAGUGGGGAACUACUGGAAAAUUUUGAGUAAGGUAACAUUGCUGAGAGCUUGGUUUUGAGGAGAAACAGAUGAAGUGCAAGGGAGAGGGCAGCCAGGAACUGUAGCACUCUUUUAGGUGUGAGGCAGCCCCAGGGUGGAUUCUGUGGGGAGGGUUCAUAUUCAAGGGUAUGGCGGGGGGCACAGCUGGAAGAGCAGGUAAGAGGGCUCCAUUGCAGGGGCGUCAGUGUGGCAGGAUGGUGGAGAAGGCUGGGCUGAUGAGCACCCUCAGCCCUUGGGAAGGCAAGAGAGUUAGGAAAGGGAGGUGAGACGCCAUGACAGCUGGGAGCAGUGUGUUUUGCAGGGCUGAGCAGGGAGAGGGUACGGUUCUCCAGGCUGGGCGGCUGGUUUGUGGUUGCCGUGGUGGAGAGGUCAACCCAGCCAAGCCCCUUGCUCUCUCCCAGAGCUCCCCACAACACCAGCCUCCCCUCCCCUCCCCCUCCCAGGACGUAGUGGAUUUUCUUCGACGGCUUGUGGAGAAUGAUCCCCAGGGCCUGCACCGGAUCCAUGUGGAUGGGAGCAGCGGGCGGCUGCAGCUGUGGCACCAUGGUGGGGAGUGCAGGGGCCGGGCCCAGGGAUCGAGGCUGGUACCCUGGGGAGGGCUGGCCCUCAGAGGCUCCUCUCCCUCAUAUACUCCUUUCUUGCCCUUCUCUUUCUCCCUCCUGACAGAUCGCUUCCUGGACCCCCUCUGUAAUGAGGAGCAAACAACGGAACAGAAUGACAAGGACAAGGAAGCUGAGAGACUGGGUACCUACUGUGGUCUCCGAAAGUCCUUCCUAUACCCUCCACGAGCGUCUAAGCCCUGCCCUCAAAGCCCUCCUGCUCCAGACAACCUGCUGCAGGUGGCCAUGCCUCAGAGGCUCCUGCUGACUGAAGAGGAAGCCAACCGCCUGGCUGAAGAGCUGGUGGCUGAGGAGGAGCGCAUGAAACAGAAAGCAGAGAAGAAACGACUCAAGAAGAAGCGUCAAAAGGAUCGGAAGCGAAGGGAGCGGUUGGAGCAGCACAGCGGGGAGCCCAACGCCAGUGUCUGCACACAGGCCGAGAUCAGCCCAACUGGGGAUGGGAGUCCCCCAUCCAGCUCCGGGAACCCAUCUCAGGGACAGUGCGAUGAGGAAGAGGACUCACUGGAUCUAUCUAGCACCUUUGUGUCUCUGGCUCUGCGCAAAGUUGGGGAUUGGCCCCCCAGUGCCCUCAGAGAAAAGGGACUAAGCCAGGAUCCCCAAGGCAGGAGCCAGGCUCCCCAGGAGAAGAGCCAGGAGGAAGAAAGCACUCCAGAAGAAGAGAGCCCCAGACAGAGUCCUAAGGCCGAGGCAUCUCCAGGACUGCUGGCGGCUGCCUUACAACGGAGCCAGGAGCUGGCAGAGUUGGGUACCAGCCUUGCCGAAAAUGGUUUCUACCACAAGGCUGUGGUCCUCUUCACUCAGGCCUUGAAGCUCAACCCCCGGGACCACCGGUUAUUUGGAAAUCGCUCAUUCUGCCAUGAACGGCUGGGUCAGCCAGUGUGUGCCCUGGCUGAUGCCCAGGUAGCCCUCACUUUGCGGCCCGGCUGGCCCCGGGGCCUCUUCCGCCUGGGCAAGGCCUUGAUGGGACUGCAGCGUUUCGAAGAGGCAGCUGCUGUGUUCCAGGAGACUCUGAGAGGCGGGUCCCAGCCUGACGCAGCCCGGGAGCUCCACUCCUGCCUCGUGCAGCUGGCUCUGCAGGACCAGCGAGGAGGGAUCCCUGGGCCGCCUCCAUCGACUAGGUUCCCCCAUCCAUUUCCCCACGCUGAGCUGGGGCCUUCAGGCCUCCUCUCCCCCCGUGGCCCUGGAAGCCCUGCCCAAACUGUCCCUGGCCUCCUGUCUCCACCCUUGCGUUAUCCACCACAUCACCUGAACCCUGCCAGCUGGCCCCUCCCCCAGACUCAGAGCAGAAGACCCUGCCCUCCCCAUCUCCAGGACUCCUCAAGGGGCCAGGGCAUCCUGGGACCUGGGCCCCAACGUCUACCUCACACCAGAUGAACAGGAACCUCUCCCUACUAAGGCAAAGCCAUGUGUAUAUCCCUCGGGGAUGAAAGACGCUGUGCGGGGGGGCGGCUCACUGCACACUGAGACCUAUACUCUCAAACCACGGCUAGGAGCAUCCCUGGCAGGCAUGCCUCUUGCCACAGAGACCUUCUGAUGAGGGACAGGAGACCCACAUCCACUGAAAUAGCCUUUCUUAUGGUUCUUAAGCAGGUGGCUUCUGCUGGAAGCAGGAGGGAGAAAUAAAAUCCCCCAAGGCUCCAGAAGGGAUCUGUACAAACGUUUAGGUUUUCAGACUUUUAACAGACCCGGCAGUAGGGGCAUUUGAGGCUUGUUCUGCUUCUUGGCCCUGGGGAACUCACUCCCCAGCCAGAGCUCCAUGCUCAGGAACGGGGUCCCUGCGAUGAACAAAGCCCAGGUCUCUUCAGCUUGGCAGAUGCUCGCUUCUCCCUAAUCCCAGUUCUUGCCCCAUCUUCUGUAGCCUCGGCUCAUGCCCUGUUUCCUGUUCACACUUCUGUGCAUAUCCUGCACUCUCCUUUGCCCAGUGGGUCUGACGCUCACCUCCUCCCACUGCUAGAAGAUUCACCAAGGGCUGGCACUUGGGAGGUCCCUUCUGACUUCCUGUAUAAGAAUCCUGAUCCCCUCUGGUUUCUCCUCUAAGAUCCUGACAGCUGCCCUGGCUGGUUCCUCCCUAGCUCUCCCUGGCACUCUCAGCUUAUUUAACAUGGAUCUGUAGGGGACUUUGAGGCCUCCCAGCAUGCCUUUCCAAGAAGAACCACUCAUCCGGUUAAAUGAGUCUUGCUGCCUUAUGGGUCUUACUCAAUACCACAUGCACCUAGACACAGGAGGUGCUGAAACACCUCCCCUUUUUUUUAAGGCUUUCCCAAAUUCUUUUUAUUGUUUAUGGCUGCAGGCCCCUUAAACACUGUGUAACAGAAUGAAGCCUGCCAUUGCUAGUUGGGUCACCUUGGGUGGGUUUCUCAGCACCUGAGCUCCAGAUCCCUCAUCUGUAAAAUGUGGGCAUCCCUCCUUCACAGGGCUGUUGUGAGAACUGAAAGUGUGAGAAAGGCAAUCAGGUGCCCCUCCCUCUCCUCUCUCAGCAGGACCCCCCAGGAGGAAGAGCCUGGUACACAGUGGGUGUUAAAUAAACCAAUCUUUAUCUGCA